AUGUUAAUAGAGGCUCUAUGGAUUGUCCUGUUAUUUGGAGUGUCACAAUGCAAAGACUUGAAAUUUGAUAUUUCAAGACAUGAAGACGGUCGAACCAUCAGACUUAAUGAGAACGAUGAUUUGAUAAAGCCUCCAUUGAGAUUGAGGAACGGAGAGCAAUUGAAUCUACAGAUAGAGAAUCAUUUAGACCAACCAACUGCUAUACAUUUCCAUGGGCUUUUAUUGGAGAAUUUCGUUGGUGAAGAGUUAGCUACUGGUAAACAGCCGGCAGUGCUUGGAGAUGGUGUUCCAGGUAUCAGUCAAUAUGAGGUUGGUGUCAACCGAUCCUACUGGCAGAAUAUCACAGUCUCUAAAACUACAUGUGGUACUUUUUGGUACCAUUCACAUUAUGCAGUACAGUACGGUGAAGGUUUAAGAGGUCCCGUCAUUGUUGAUUGUGACCAAUUUGAUAACCACGAGCGCGACGUGGCAAAGGAAUUUGGGUUAGGUGCACAUGUUCAGGAACAGAUCAUUACUUUGAGUGAUUGGUAUAAAUACCCCCAUGAUUUUAUCAUGGAUGCAUUCUUGCAGCCAAACAAGGGCGCUGACCCUCAUGUGGAUGGAUCACUGUUCAAUGGGAAACAAGAUGAGAAUCAGGUGAUACAGGUAGACCCUGACACCGAAUAUUUGAGGUUACGUAUUUUAAACAUGGCAAACAGUAACACACAGGUUUUCCACAUAGCUAACCACAAGAUGAUUGUCAUCGAGACUGAUGGCAUUUUGGUAAAGCCUGUGGAGCUGUCCACAUUAACACUGGCGACGGGCCAACGUUACACUGUUUUAGUAAAACGAGACGAAAACAACCAAAAUGCAAGAAUUAUCCAUGGAUGUAACAAAAUGAUGGGUUACAUCACUAAAAGCCAUGUAUUGCAAUACUAUCCAUCUUUUUCCACGGCUGUAUCAUCAUCAUCUGUUUCCAUCAGCAGAUUACCUGAUUUUACUUCAAUCGAAUUGUACAAGAAGUAUGAGCCCAUCGACUGGAUGUUGCUACCAGAUCCAGAAUCAAAUGACCAGAAGUUUUCCUUGGAUUACGAACAAUCGACUUCUGCUGCUACCAAGCAAAAGUAUCACACAUCAAUGUUUUUCGUAAAUGGAGACACUAUGGGUGAAUUCAUGAAUCCAGCUAGUGCAGUCCCAUUAUUGAUAUCGAUGGAAAAUGCCACAAAGAAACCCAUAAAUGUCGGAUUUGGGGGCACCGUGGACAUAGCUAUCAAUAGCAUUGACCACAUGAGACAUCCUUGGCAUUUGCAUGGCCAUCAUUUCCAAGUCAUUAGUAUAGGAGAGUCAGGUGACGGACCAUUACAUUGGGACAAUCCCUCAUCUAGAGCUUACGCAAAGUAUAGUGAAGAUUUGACAUAUUGGAAAUCCAGCGGACGGGUUCCAAUGACUCGUGACACCAUAAACAUUGCUGGUUCCAGUUUUGCGGUCAUCAGAUUCCAAGCUGAUUCCCCGGGUCUUUGGCUACUCCACUGUCACGUGGACUGGCAUAUGGUGAAGGGACUUGGAGUUGUAAUACAAGAAGGGCUUGAAACUCUACCGCUGGAUUCGUUGGUGAUAAGAGAACCUACUAACAUUGUAACACCAAAACCCAAAUUGAAUCCGGACAUCGAGCUUUUACACGAGGAAUCCAUAUCAUCAACGCCAACACCACCUCCAACACCACUUCCAACAGUGCAAGCAGAUGCCGACCAUGCAAUUAACACCCAACCGGAGACUAGUAAACUGAAAGUCAUUGGAAUUUACUGCGCGGUGGUGGUUUUCCUAGACAUAAUGCUCUAUAAAUACAUGCUCUCCAGAUGA